CUCAGUAGUAUGAAAAGGAAGAGAACAGUGCCUGAGUGAAAUUACCACUGAACAGUUACAGUUCAACACUUUUGAGAACACCAUGCAACUGGGAUAUAGCUACCUUAUGCUUGUGAUUUACUUCAGUCAAGCUGUACCCCCACCGUGUCCGAAUGGAUACAAUUAUCAGAGCAUUAGUGGCUGUGUUGAUGACGAUGAGUGCUCUUAUGGGGAAAGUGAUACAGAAGCUAUGUGUGGUCACAAUACUGUUUGUUACAACACAAUUGGAAGCUUCUAUUGUAACUGCCAGGAAGGAUAUAUGAACUUACAGAAGAAUAGUAACUUCACAAAGGCGGAAAACUGCACAGAUAUCAAUGAGUGUGACGAUAACCCAGACACUUGUGGUCCAAAUCUAACAUGCAUCAACAAUCCUGGAAACUUUAGCUGCAGCAAUAAGACUGGAUUUGUUCCAACCUCUGAAGGAAAAAAAACUCAGAGCCAAGAUUCAAAUCGCCAAAGUUCAUCACUUCAGGAUAUCAGUCCAUUUGCUGACGAUUUUCUCAUGAAAGCUUCAAAGUCCCGCAAAACAAAUUCAACGGAAUUCUACAAGAACAUUUCCAACUUCUUGGAAAGCAUGGAAAAUUAUACACUUGCUGCUGCCCAGAAAUUACAUCACAAUGAGAUAAAAAACAUCUCUUCAGAGUAUUAUGAAAUCCUUAUGCAAGCAAUUCGGAAUAACACAAUCCCUAAGGAUAACAGGGCAAAGUUAUCCACUACCAAAAACAGCCUGGAUAUUGGUUGGAGCAGUGUCACAGGACAAGGGGACUUCGAUGUUGCUGCUGUUGUCCUUAUCUCCUACAAACAUCUGGACUCCAUCAUGAAACCGAUUCGCUUGAAAGGCAGCAACAUGGAAUCCAAGCUGGAUCUAAUAUCCGAAAUUGUUACUGUUGCAGUAACAAACAAGAACAGGAAAGAUCUUCCUGAACCAGUCAAUCUUACCAUUGAGAGCAAGUUUACUAAUGGAAUACCAAAAUGUGUCUUCUGGGAUGGAUCAGCUAGUGCCUGGUCUGAAGAUGGCUGUGAAGUGCUCAUGUCCACCAGGACACACACAGUUUGUAGCUGCAAACAUUUGACAAGCUUCGCUGUGCUUAUGGCCUUGUGUGAAAUAGAGACCUGCUUCAGUGUCUCUCACUCCACACUUGGGCCACAUCUGAAACUGGUAACAGCAAGUCUAAAUUCAAAGAUGGACCCAGUAGAGAAAGAGCAGCUGACGUUAGUCGUGAGAUUCAUUGAUCAGGCAGAUGAUGGCUACCGCCUGCGUAUGAUCACUAUUUUUGGCAUUCCUUUUUCUUUGGUGUGCCUUUUGAUUUCAAUCCUCACAUUCAUCCUGUGUCGAUCCCUUAGAAGUAUCCGGACAACUAUCCAUACACACCUUUGCAUCAGCCUCUUUAUAGCAGAGUUUAUUUUCAUCGUUGGAAUAGACAAGACCAAAGACACGACCAUCUGUGCUGUCAUCGCAGGAUUCCUCCAUUAUUUCUUCCUGGCCUGUUUUGCCUGGAUGCUCCUGGAAGGAAUCCAGCUUUACCUCAUGGUGGUGCAAGUCUUCAAUGCAAAGAGUCUUCGGGCAAAGUACAUGUAUUUGUUCGGCUAUGGAUGCCCUUUGAUAGUGGUUGGCAUUUCAGCUGCUGCGUUUCAUAGAGGAUAUGGAACAGAGAAACAUUGUUGGUUGGAUCUGAAAUCAGGCUUUCUGUGGGCUUUUCUGGCUCCAGUUUGUAUAAUUAUUCUGUUGAAUGGGGGAUUCUUUAUUAUUACUGUGUGGAAACUGGCCAAUAAGUUUUCAAGUAUAAAUCCUGAAAUUGGCCGGUUGAAGAAAAUCAGGAUCUUUACCUUUACUGCUGUUGCUCAGCUCUGCCUCCUGGGAUGUAUAUGGAUAUUUGGCAUGUUGUACGUCGAGAAGGAAAUGAUUGUUAUGACCUACAUCUUCACUGUGCUCAACAGUUUCCAAGGAGCGUUCAUCUUCAUCCUGCAUUGCCUCCUCAAUAAACAGGUGAGGGAUGAAUAUGUGAAGUUCUUCUUUGAUGUCUGCUCUCUGAAGAAAACUUCAAAAUACUCUGAGUUUUCAACCUCUACUACACAGAGCCUAAAAAGCACACACGAGACAGGGAUGUGAAUGACAGGACGUGAGCCUGCACCUGCUUAUAAUGCGCCAGAGAGCACAGGAGCAGCAUUGCACUGACUUGCUUUGCUUGGGACUGUCAUCGGAGACUGUCCCAUCACUGUCGCCAUCUUCCCCUUUCUUACCUCCAUCGCGCUGUAGAAAUUUGUACAAACUUCAGGAGGGGAAAACUUUGCUGUCUGAGAGUUUGGUUGUUUCAGCUCUCUGUUUCAAAUCACCUUACACGUAACUUGAGUUCAUAGAGUUCCUGAAAUAGGACUAGACUGUACAAUAACAUGUGCCACAGCACCAGUCUGAUUCCUGGGGAAAGCAAGGAGUUCCCUUACACUUCAAGGACCGUCCUGAGCAGAUCUGAUGAAGCUUCCUUUGAUUUCAGGUUCGGUUAAUGUCUAACUGAUGGUUGAAAAGGUGUCACAACUGUAGGUUCAGCCAUUAGAAGGUGAGGAAGGAAAGGAUUGGCAUUCAGCUGGCAUUGGAAGGCGUUUGCCUUGGGUAAAGAAUCGGUAGAGUGAGGACUCCUGCGGAUGUGUGGGAUAUUUUGUGUUGAGUUAUUGUUCAAUAGUUGUCAGGCACGCUUCCUCCACUAUCCAGCCACACCCCUGCUGUAACGUCUGGUAUGUCUGAGCUUCUGUUUAACAGAUGGUGUUAGCAGUGUCUAACAAGAGUGACAAUGGGCAAUGCUAAUGGGUUAAAUCUAACAGGAAUAAUCUGGCUCUUGCCACCAGUAGACAAGAAACCAGAGUUGGCCCAGAUUCGGAUGGAGUAGAAAUUCCUCAGCAGAGAAAGACAACGAGGUCUCCACCACCAGUUAGAAGCAGCUGCUGCAUAGGAACAACGUCUCUUCCUGAUUCCUCAUGUCAGCAUCAGGUAUACAGAUCACUGGGGCAAUACUUUGCAAAUAUUCUUUCAGGCAUAUUGAACAUGCGCAGAGUAGUUCACAAAGGGAUUUCCCAUCAUCACAUUCUCAAAGACAGCUGGGAAUUGAACACUGAAGUUUGGGCUUACCAGAGGCUGAUUAAUGUAGCAGCAGCCAAAAGUGAAACAUAGACAUGGUCCAUAUCUCCCCAUGGCCCAAGUUUGAUAUUAACUGCUGCAGGUGAGACAAAUGCUGUUCACCCUGUUGAAGAAGCAGGAAGCAGGAUGGUAUGCUGGUAAAUCUGUUUGUACUCUACUAUAUAGUACACUGCUGUUUGGAAAUAAAUAAUUUCUGAAAAAUGCAAUGCUUUGAUUUAAUUAAAAUAUCAAAUUAUC